AUGAUAUACGUCUACCUACUUCCACUUCUAGUCGCAGUGUUACUAUGGAAGAGAAGCAAGGAUACAAAUCUCCAAUCUGGAACCCCCAUUCCAGGCCCACCAGGCAAACCAAUCCUAGGCAACCUCCCCGACAUCCCGCCAAAGCACUCGUGGCUCAAAUUCAAAGAAUGGGCCGAUAGAUACGGUCCCAUCUUCCAACUCGAUCUCGCCGGGCGCAAACACGUUGUCCUCUCGACAGAGAAGAUCGCUAAUGCCUUGCUGAGAGAGCGAGGGUCGCUGUACUCAUCCAGGGAGUAUCUGCCCUUUGCGUCGGGGUUGCUUUCGCACAAUCUGAGGCCUCUUUUUCUUCCGUAUAACGAUCUCUGGCGUAAGGGACGAAAGCUAAUGCACCAGCUCACGACAAACACGGCCGCAAGCAGCUACGAGCCAGUUCAGGACUAUGAAUCGAAAAGACUGCUUCGCUCGCUCCUGAACUACCCCACUGCGUACGAAAAAUGGUUCGAGCUGUACGCAUCCAGCGUCGUCUACCGGAUUGGCUUCGGGCGCUGGAUCGAGACUGGCGACGAGCCGGACUUUAAACGGAUCAUUGGGGUGGGCAAAACCGUGGAACGAGUCGCGUCGCCAGGGGCGUAUCUUGUUGACUCGUUUCCUGUGUUGAAUAUUCUUCCGUCGGUUCUGGCUCCGUUUAAACGGGAGGCUGCGGAAUUGCAUGCGGAGGAGUUGAGUCUAUUCCGGAAACUGCAGCAGGACGUUCGCGAUGAUAUCCAGAGGGGAAGCAGGACGACUAGCUCAUUCACCAAGACAUUCUUGGAUAAUAAACAGGCUUAUGCCCUCGCCGACGACGAGGCAGCCUACGUGAUCGGAACCCUCUUCGAAGCAGGAAGUGGCACAACGGCCGCGGCCAUGAUGUCGUUCUGCCUGGCCAUGGUGCACCACCCUGAAUGGCAGGUGAAGAUGCAAUCCGAACUCGACCAGCAAGUCGGCGACAGGAUUCCUGAAUUCAGCGAUAUCCCGAAUCUCCCCACCGUCCGCGCCGUCAUCAAGGAAGUCCUCAGAUGGAGACCAGUUACGGCCGGGAAUGUCCCACACCAACUGAUCCAAGACGACGCUUACAAUGGCCAUGUCUUUCCCAAGGGAACAGUCUUCCACGCGAACCAGUGGGCUAUCCACCGAGACACCGAGUUGUAUCCUGACCCCGAGACCUUCCGUCCUGAGCGGUGGCUUGAGCCUGGAUUUCCGACAUACCAGGAGCCAUUAACCAAGUUCCCGAAUAUGCAGAAUUACUCGUGUUUCGGAUUCGGGAGGAGGAUCUGUCCCGGGCAGAGUAUUGCUGAGCGGUCGUUGAAUAUCCUGACGGCGAGGAUUGCGUGGGCGAUGAGUUUGCGCUGUAAGAGGGAUGCCAGUGGGAGGGAAAUACCCCCUCCGCUGUAUGAUUAUACUGCAGGGUUUAAUGUCCAGCCGGAGAGGUUUGAUUUUGAGGUUGUGCCGCGUUCACCGGAGCGAGCGAGACUGGUCGAAGAAGUAUUUCAACAGGCGAGGUUGGCGAGGGAUGAUUGA